AUGACAUUAUCCAAUGUUUCAUUCGCGUCCCCACGCAAGCAGAUAAUCAGUAAUGAAGUACAACUGUAUUUGGAUAUUUACUUUAGAACUGUCGUGGUAACUGUUGUGGGAGUUUUCGGAACCAUCACAAAUGUGAUGAGCGCUGCAGUGUUUAUAAGACAAGGAGUGCAUGACUGCGUUAGCGUGUGUCUCUUGUCUCUGACUGUAACAAAUCUAGUGUCUGUAACAGCUGGAGUUCUGACAUUGUUUAGUAAAGUACUCAUAUUUGCCAAUAUUCUUACAAACUUUGAUCCUUGGGCCAUCUACUAUACACUGCCUCAUAUCUCUGCGUUGUUUUACAACAUCUCCACAAUAACUACAACUUUUAUCUCCGUCGAGAGAUGUCUAUGUGUUACCUGGCCUCUCAAAUUUAGCAAUACUUUCACCGUUAGAAGAGCAGUCGUCGUUUUAAUGGGCAUCUAUCUUUAUGAUAUCAUUAUCACCAUGCCUGAUCAUCUGACCAUGGGUUUGGAAAACCAGUUUGACUCCAAAAUGAACAAAACACGGCUAGUUUUAUGGCUAUCACCGGAAAGACCUUACGUUGAUAUUCUUAACAGGAUGUUCUGUCAGUUAACGGUUGAGUCACUGUGUGUACUGAUGCUCAUCGUUAGCACUUACAGCAUGGUCAGAGGUCUUCGCCGCUCAUUGCAUCAGUGGACAGACCAUCAUCAUGUGCAACAAAGUGAUGCCAUUGUUCCCAACAUAGCUGCAAAGAAAACUUCAAAGGGUAAUAAUAAGGUGAACAUGAAACAAAAUGUCGUGAAUACGGUUAUCAUUUUAGCCAUUGUGGCGUUUAUCUGCAAUUCUCUUAGACUUGUGUUGAUCAUAAUAGACCACACACAUCCAAAUCUAGCGACAACAGAAUUUAACUUAUAUGUUGAUUUGGUUGCAGUUUCGUAUUUACUACAAACUGUCAACGCUUCUGUUGAUAUUUUUGUUUAUUUAUCAUACAAUAUUUCGUUUAGACGCCGCUUUGUUGAAAUGUUUGGCACAUCUAGCAUGUUUCAUCUGAAAUGUAGUUUCAUUUGA